AUGGACAAAAUGAAAGCAUGGGAGAGUGAUGGAGCAUCGGGGAUUUUUCAAGAUGAGCUGGGCAACAUGCUGGUUGCAUACUUCACAAGACGAGCACACGGCAAUGUCGAGAUCAUUGAAGGGAUAUACACGGUACAUUCCAGGACCGCAGACCCCAUCAACAAUGGGAUGAUCUUCAGCAUGUCUGAACAAUGCCUAGAGAGAGGGAAAAAAUUGUAUUUUGAUGGAAUCAAAAGGCAAACACUCGAAAAGGUGAUUGUAUCUACUCAGCUCCUUGUCCAUCACCUUGGCGUCCAACAUGCUAUUUGUGACAGUCACCACAAUGGGGGUGACAUCUUAAUGAAGUAUGCCAAAGACAGUGUUUCCUCUGGUGAAACCUUUUUUGUAUGGCAGGAGGUAGAUUAUGUUUAUGAAGACGAUUCAUUUGCAUUGGAGAGCACUGGUGUGCUACACCUCAUGCAUGGGUGGGCAGAGCAAGGUCAUGCUGCAGGGAUGCACGGGAUUCAUCUGUCAAAAAACAUGGUAUCUGGACUGCGUGGUAUCCCCCAUAUUUAUGUGUACUACAAGGCGACUGAGACAUUGGUGCUACAGUUGUCUGCCAUGUUUUGUGUGAACUUUCCAGAAUUUUACAAGAAAUACCAGAAGGCUUUCAAGGCAGGCAAAUGGAUAGUAGUUGACCCUGGCCCCUUCCUAGGUAGGGUAAUAGUAUGGAAGCUAGCAGUACUUCCAUAUCAGGAUGUAUUGGAUGCAGGCCCUGCUGUGAUAUUCCCAAUGGGCCGCUUCAAGGGUGGAGAGUACCGGCCUGGCGAGGUUAUCAUUCUAAUGGCCAGUGUGCUAUAUCACGGCAUAGGAGAUUGGACCCCUGAGCCUGGAGUGUCAGGAGAUGGCAUUACACCAGGGUGGAUAGAUAAACCUAUUGGCUGGUCUCUUAAGGAGGCGGGGGACUAUAAAUCUUGA